CCAGACUCAGUAAUUCGAAGUUCAACUUCAAACAACAAAUUAAAAUAAUAAUAAUAAUUAAAAAGAAAAAAGAUGAGUUUUCUUGGACGAAGUUUAGCUGGGAAAGAAGCUGCAUAUUUUUUUCAGGAAUCCAAACAGGCGGUGGGAAAAUUGGCCCAGAAAAACCCUCUCCCAUCCAAACCCAACAACCUCGACUCCGUCGAACACGAAUUACUAGGUGGUGGUGGUGGUGGUGGCAGUGGCGGCAACGCCGACGUGCUCCCCGAGGUUCUAAGGCACUCCCUUCCUUCCAAAAUUUUCAGAGACGAAACCGCAAAUUCAACCAAUUCUUCCUUCUCUGCUUCCAAAUGGGUCCUUCAUUCUGACCCAAAAAUCCAAUCUUUUGUUAACCCUGAUGCAAUCAACCCGCUUCGAGCUUAUGUUUCAUUGCCUCAGGUCACGUUCGGUCCCAAAAGAUGGGAACUGCCUAAAGCAGAAAGCACGAUUUCAGCUUCAACAGCUAAUGACUUGCGUCAAGAUAGGCAAACCACCCAUGUUAAUCCGGAGAAGUUGAAAGCUGCAGCUGAAGGGCUUGCAAAUGUUGGAAAAGCAUUUGCUAUUGCCACUGCAGUUGUUUUUGGGGGUGCUGCAUUGGUGUUUGGUACCGUAGCCUCCAAGUUAGAUAUGCACAAUGCCAGUGAUAUCAAAACUAAAGGAAAAGACUUUGUUGAGCCACAACUAGAGAGUAUCAAAGAGCGAUUUGUUCCCAUGAAAACAUGGGCUGAAAAUAUGUCAAGAAAAUGGCAUUUGAAAAGGGAAGAGGAUGCUAAACAGAAUCCUUUGGCAAAGGAGUUAGCUAGAAUGUGGGGUGCAAAAACAUCAGAUUGAAUGUUGCAAGAUUCUCUAUUUGUGAUUGUAAAUGUUGAAGCUUAUGAGAGUGAAAUAAUAUAAAAUAUAGGUAAUAAAUUAAGGUAGUUGUUAAUGGUGGUGGAAUAUUGUUGCUUUGUAUUAAUUCAACAAUUCCUUUGAUUGUAAGGUUUUGAAUAUGAUUAGAAGUAAAGGUUCUUGUUCUUAAUUA